AUGGAUCCUACCGCAGCAAAGAAGAGAGUACAGGCUUGUCUGCCUCAAGUCCAGAAUUUGAUGGGCAUCACCGGAUGUCCUUCUAUCUCCAUCGGCAUCCUCCACGAAGGCGAGAUCAUCCUCCAGCACAGUCAAGGAUUCGCUGAUCGGAACGAAAAUUAUGUCCCGGUCAACAAUUCAACUCUCUAUAUGAUCGGAUCACUCACCAAGGCCUUCAUCGCCGCGUCCUGUGGUAUACUCGUCGACGAGGGCAAACUGAGCUGGACCGAACCGCUAUCCACAUACAUACCCUUUACCCAGAACAAAGAUCCUGCCAUAGGCAAACACAUGAGUCUAUCAGAAGCCCUCUCUCAUUCCAGCGGAUUUCCACAGCUCGACAUCGCGUGGUAUGGCGCAGCAGGCGCAGAACUGCUUCUUCCAGAAGAUUUAUUACAUAUCACUGCCAACAUGCCAGUUCACGACACAUUCCGCACCGGAUUCCAUUACUCCAACUGGCCUUACGCUCUGGUGGGUAAAGUGAUUAAAGCGGUAGGCGGCGAGGAUGCCGUGGAUGGCUGGGGAGGGUUCGUCAAGAAGAGAAUCUUUGAGCCUCUCGGAAUGAGUGAAUCGACGUGUUCUCGAUGGAAAGUCGAGGGUGGAAAUCUGGCUGAGGGGCAUACGGUCUUGCACGACAGGCGACCAGUACGUUUACGAAUGCCUCAAGUUUCAGACAAGACUAUUUGUGGAGCUGCAAUGGCGAUUUGGUCGAACGUUCCGGAAAUGCUCAUCUGGUCGCAAGCAGUAAUGGAACGGUUGGAAGAAGAGGAGACGGAGAAGAGCACCAUUGAGGCCAUCCAAGGAUUGAGUCUCAACACAGAUCAAUACGAAGCAGUACACCACGACGACCAUACGGACGCGCAAAGCACAUCGACAAACCCGCUAAGGCGAAUCAGCCAAAUCACGUCUCGCAAGAUAUCCGUGACGAACGAUACCAUCAACGAGAACUCGUACGCAUUUGGAUGGGCAAGACACAUGAUUCCCUCGACACAACUUGGGUGGUUGUCUACCAACGGCCCAAAUAGAGACGAUGUCAUCGGGCGAGGAUCGCGGCCGAAGCUGACACUAUACCACGGAGGCCAGGUGACCGGAUAUCUCAACUCGAUCUAUCUCUUUCCGGAGACCAAAUCCGCUGUGGUCGUCCUGACCAACGCGCAGAGUGCUGGAGACUGCUCUGAUCUCGUUGCUCAGAUGUUCGUCCAAUCACUCUUCGAUAUGACCCCGGAAGUGGAUUUCGGUAUGAGGGCGGAGAAGCUAUCUACCAGUAGUCUGAACCGAUAUACCAAGAUGAAAGACGAUUUGCAGAAGAACCGCAUGUUGAAUACGCAAUGUCCCCAUCUCGAAAGCCUUGAGGGGACGUACCGGAACGAAGACAUACAGGGAAUUAUUCAUGUGUACAAGAUAAGUGAAGAUCAAUUGGAGAUGAAACGGAAUCGCAUGGAUUCGCAGUGCCAUCUUCUGGAACACUACCAGUCCCACACGUUUAGCUUUUUGCCUGAAUCGAGCGACGAGAUGGAGACAAGAUGCUUGGUGGAUUACUCGAGCUACGAGCAAUUUCUCCUGGUAUUCAUACGCAAUGAAGAGGGUACGGUUAUUGGUUUGGACUGGGUGAUGCAGGAGGGAUUCAAGCCGUUGCGUUAUAUUCGCCAGAAUAUCGGCCCAACAAUGGCGCAAUACGGCUACGGACAAAACCCGCAAUACGGCGCUGGGAAUGCGCAAAACCUCCAAUUCUACCCGUCGUCAUUUUCGAACCAGCCAGUGUCUGGCCAUUCCACACCAUUUCAAGCGAACUACGGCGCACCGGCGAGUCAAGCGUAUCCCGCACAGUAUGGCGCGGGGUUUGCUGCACCGGGCGUGAGUGGGCAGAUGGGUAUGGGCGUGUCGGGGCUGCGGACGGGGUGGCUGGCGGCUUUUGGCACGGAAGGAUACGACGGGGAGCCGCCGCUACUGGAAGAGUUGGGAGUGAACUUCAGGCAUAUACAGAUGAAGACGUUGGCUGUGCUGAAUCCGUUCGGUCGGAUCGAUCAACAUAUCAUGGACGACAGCGAUGUGGCAGGGCCGAUACUGUUCUUCUUGAUCUUUGGGACGUCGUUACUGUUGUCUGGAAAGCUUCAUUUCGGUUACAUCUACGGCCUGGCAUUCGUUGGCACGAUCCUCCUCCACCAGAUCCUCUCGCUCAUGUCCCCGCCUGUCGUCGAAGCGACUCCAGGAGACCACGGUCACCCGCAUGGCUCGCAUCUCGGCUCCUCGUUAACGUUCCCACGAUCGGCAUCGGUGCUCGGAUACUGUCUGCUCCCUCUCGUUCUGGUAUCGAUGUUUGGAAUCAUUGUGCCGCUUGACGGGCUAUUUGGAUACCUUCUGACCAGCCUGGCCAUCACAUGGUGUUCCUACAGCUCCAGUUCCAUGUUCACCGUUGUUGGACGCAUGACUUCCAUGCGCGGACUGGUAGCGUACCCCAUGGUUCUGUUCUAUGGCAGUUUUGGUAUCAUGGCUAUCUUCAGCUCGCGGGGCACUGGCCAGUUGGCAAAGGCGGCAGGAUCAUAA